AUGAAUCUUACGGAUAUAACAGUGAAAACAAGUGGAGAUGUUCCCCAAUCGCAAUUGGACUUGAUGAUGUGGAUAAACAGAUUUUCAAUAAUUCUUAUGACUUUUUUAAUGUCAACUUCACUUUUUUACACUGUUUACGACAUUUUUAUUGAGAAGCGGAAGAAAAUAAAUCAAAGCAAAGGAUUACUCUUUUUCUCUUUAUACACUACUGGAAGAAAACUUUUUAAUUUGAAACGAGAUGGCAAGGAAGUGAUCGGAUGUCUCGAAGGAUUACGAGCACUAUCGAUACUUCAUAUCGUGUACUUUCAUUCAUAUUUCUUUCGAUUGUUGACAACCCACAGCGAUGAGAAUCUGUUGAGAGAGUUUCUAAGAACAAGAUUUGCUGAAUUUGUUUCGGGUAUGCAUAUGCAUGUUGACACAUUUUUCGUCAUUAGUGCAUUGCUCACAACCAAAGCUGUUCUAAAAGAUUUUGAAUUAAAACGAUACAAUUAUUUUAA